UCCGUGUAAAAGCUCAGUCAGAACCGCUCAAUGCCCUCAUCGAUGCAGUUCGCAAGAGCAACAAUUCUGCAACGCUGAAGCAGGUCUUCGACUCAGCCAAGUCAACGGUCGACAAACCCACAGACUUGACUGAAGCGAAGCUGAGUGCCGUGGAGGAAGAAAUUUUGCGGCGGGAAGACUUAGAGGCAGCAGAGGAAAGCUUGACCAAGGCCGUCGAAGCUUUUAACAGUUUCAAAGAAGAAGGCACGAGCAAGCAUGCAGAGACGUUUGUCCAAAAGUUGGACAUGGCCAUAAAGAAGUUGCCAGGCGCCCUGAUGAACCGCAGGAUCUCCAGGUUGAAGCCUUCUUGGGGCAUGCUGAAAGCUGCCUUGGAAGGAAAGAGAGAAUUGUCCCAAGACCUGCCCAUGGAGUUGCGGCAGAAGGUGAACCAGCUGCUUGAAGAAAUCAAGGGAACGAAGAAGAUCGAAACUAUCCUGUCAGCUUGGAACAUCAAGUUGAGCAAGGACCAGUUGAAUCAACUUCAGAUAUUGGGCAUGAGUUCAGAAGAAGAUUUGGCCCAACACAUUUCGCAGGCUGGCUUGAGCAACUUUCCACCAGCUCACCAUCCCAGGGCCAAGAUCUUGAAGGAGUGGAACGGCCUCAAAGACUCUUCCACGGAGAAGCUCACAUGGAAAGCUGCGAAUGGCAUGGUGAAGAAGUUGGAAGAACUCCUUCGUGGUUCUCAGGCUGCAAAGGUACCCCAAGAGCAAAUACAAAAGAUGGAGAAUAAAUUGAGGAAAGCCAAGGCAGAGGAAAAAAGAGAACGCACGUUCACCACCAUGAAAGUGGACAUGGCCUGGCGGCCUUUCGGUAGUUGGGCUGGUGAGCGCACAAGGUUGUUUCUUAAGAACGCACCAGAAGCCUUUGACCCUGCCCAGGAGAUCUGUCUGAAAUUCACGGAUCGCCAGGAAUAUGUGACGGCUGUUAAACGUCCGAUGGAGCGCGACGCCGGAGUCCAGCUCUAUGUUCUCGACCUCCAGUGUGAAUCUCGCAUUCCCACCGGUGAUUUGAAUGCAACGCUGGUGACCUCCGAAGAAGAGUGCAGUUUUUCAGGAGAAAUGACACUUCCAGGCAAGGCUACAUUCAAAUUGCCUUUCGAUGACAAGCAUUGGUACCGCAUCAAAGCUUUUGAUGGCAGUUUCAUGGAGGUUUUGGAUGAUUGUCGCGAUCCCGAUGAUCCCAACCGCGAGUGGAAUAAUGAUCAGAAAUUUCGAUUUUUUGAUACAGGAGAAGGCAAUCGUGAGUUCAAAAUCUAUCUCAGGCACUGCUCUGACAGGGCCGUGACCAAUUCUGACAGGGCCGUGACCAAUCACAGUGGCUGUCCUUGGCACUUGGUACAGCAUAACACGGUUCAACCCAACGACGGCUGGCAGAUUUGCCAGAUUUGGACGGUUGAGAAGGCAGGUAGUUCCUACGUGAUCAAAAGCAAAAAGGAUGGCAAAGUGAUCAUCAGAACCAAUGAGACUCAUGAGGUGGUUUCUAAUUGCUAUCUCAUGGUUUACGUUGAGUUCACAGUCCAGGAUGCUUCCGGUGACGACAGGGAGAAAUUUACUUUCAGACAAAUGAGCCGAAUAUGAGGCUGCAGGAGUCUCCACUGUUUUUUCCGUAUCCAGGGCAACGGCUGAAGGCGCUUUUGGGCGUCGGAACGCCGGCCCGAAUUGGAAGUAUUUCGAGCAUUCUUAUUCUGGAUAUUUGGGUAUCGUCCAGUCAAGAGCUAAACACGUGCUUUGUAUUUCGCAGAAGUUGUUCGCGUUCAAAGGCAGCAGAAUGGACUGGAUGUGGAAACAGAAUCUGCAAACUCUUAGCUCUUAAGGAUACUAUACUGGGAUAUCUGCAUCCAAAGGCGCCUAAGGCGCGACAAUUUCAACGGUGCAAUAGGCGCCGUGACAAGAGGUACAGCUGAUUUAAGCUGCGAGUGCAGCAUCAGUUGGGGGGAACUAGAUUGCUAGCCCCCUUCAAGAGGCAAGACGCAUUCGCAAAACGAUCGCUCCCACCACUAUCGACCCAAACCAUCAGAGCUCCUAAGUUGCAC